GAUGCGGACGUGUGUUUCUUUUCGAUAGUUUUCCAACAAGGAAGAGCGUCUCUAUACGCUGUUAGUGGCAGCCUUUUGUGAUUCACACGCGAAAAUUUCAUUAGUCUCUGGAAAAAUUAUUAGUUCUUUCACAAUUUUUGCAGCCAGUGUCAGUGCAUUUUUUAACAAUUUCCGCAACUCAUUCGCCAAUGGUGUGAAAGGCGAUUGUGAUUCUUUUAGACGGACUUUUUAGGGUUGUGUGUUUUAAAGUCAACGUCCAGUACAGCCAACAAAUCUAUGACGAUGCGGUGCGGAUAGUGUGAAGCAAAUUAAAUGCCAUUUCAAGUGAAAUAAAUCCCUGUCAGCCAGUGGCAAUCGAGGAAGGAUCGAGCAAUAGAAAUGGAUGACAUAUCUCCGCACUCGAGGAUAAAUUACACGAAAACACGAAGUGCUUCAAUCUGCGCCCCAGCCAGCACGAGUCUUGAGAAUGUCCUGCUGCCGCCAUCGGGCAGUGGAACCCCAGACAAUGGGACUCCGAGCUACAGGCGUCGCCGGCCGGCAACGCGAUCGCAAAGUGCCAGAAUCACCGGCGCCAGAUCCGUAAAGCGGAAGACACAACCGCCGCCCAGCAAUCUCCAGGAGACCAGCAGAUCACACUGCACCAGUGAACCUAGGCUCAAUGACACAGAGACGCCACCACAGCGAAGAAGAGGAUCUCAGAGGAGGCCAACUCACACUCAGAGUCAACGGAAACCAACCACCACAUUUCUGGAUGUCCCUUCCAACUUUCAAUACAACCCAGCUGAUGACGAUGAUGACAAUUAUCGACUGCGGACGUUUAGCAGUACAAAAGGAGGCGUCAUCAAUCGUGGCGACUCAUUUCGACGGAGACGCUCCAGGAGCAACAGUUUGGUGCCCACGAGUCCUAUUCACGCGCGCGCCGAGGAAGCCGUCACGACAGCCGCCAACGUGGAGACUUUUCAGGUGGCGAUGCUCGGUGCCCCGGGAGUGGGCAAGGCGGCCCUGGUUUCCCAGUUCCGCACCUCCGAGUGCAUCAAUGCCUAUGAGGGACCAGAAUCAAUAGACGAGCAGAAUAUUUCAAUAAUCCUCAAUGGAAUAGAAUCAGAAUUGAAUUUCUUAACAUGGCGUGGAAACAAGGACGAAUUGGAGAAAGCUGAUGCAUUUCUUGUGGUCUACUCAGUGGUGGACAAGGCCUCAUUCAGUCGCGCCGAGCAGCUCAUCUCGAUGCUCCAGGACAUGGAUCUCGUGAGAUCUCGUGGUGUGAUUCUCGUGGGCAACAAGAUUGAUUUGGCCCGAUCUAGAGCAGUUUCUGCUCAAGAUGGAAAGUGCUUGGCGUGCACCUUCCGUGCCAAAUUCAUUGAAGUCUCCGUGGGCAUUAAUCACAAUGUGGAUGAACUUUUGGCCGGAACGUUAACACAAAUUCGCUUGAAGAAAGAACACAGUUUGCUUCAGGGAUCAAGAGAAGGCUCUUCGCCGCACUGGUACAAGUCCCGGAGCGUAAUGAGAGCCAGCAUGAAGGCUCGUCAAAUGAUUACGUGGAUUCUGGGCAAAGAAGACUCAAAAUUCAGGAAUUGCGAAAAUCUUCAGAUCCUCUAAGAACCCCGCUGAGUGAAUGGACAGUUUUAGACUUAAGACCUACCACUAUAAAUGUUAACAAUCUAGAAUCCUUUACAGCUAAGGAACAGAUGAGGGUAAGAUAAAGUUGUAGCUAAAAGCGAUAAAGUAAUUGUGAAACUGAGAACGAUUCUAAGAUUCUAUGGUAUAAUAGUUCUUGUUGUGUUACAAUUCUGCGAUGAUGAGCGAUUAUUAUGUGAAAAUAUCUCUAAUUCUUCCACUUGUUUAACUAAAUGUACGAUAUGAAUGGGGAGAGACGGACAGUCAAAUGAUUAGGGGUGAACAGACUGGGGGAUUAGCAGCUUCGAGUCCACAUAGAAAUUUCAGGUCUAUGAUGAAACUUUUCCCAUUUUCCCUCGUCAAUAUUUGACACGAUUUCUUCGUUCUCUCUCUCCACUUCCAUGCCUAAGUAAUGUAAUUUAUUUGUACCUUUUUAUCAGUCUCCUAAAUUGUCAUCCUUGUACAGAUUCACAUGAAAUUAUUCAAUAUUUCCAUCCCAUUUUCAUCCCCUCAAGUCACUUACAUUCCCUCCAAUUCACAUCUUUUUCACGCCAACACAAUCAGAACAGAAUCAUAAAAAUUGAUUGAAUUGAAGAGAUGCAAAUAAGAAUGAAACUUGGUUUUUUUCACAGCCAUUUUAUUGUGUGCGGUUUCUUUAAAAUGUCCUAAGAGAAUUUAAUCAAAAGAUUUUGAAAACAAGAGACCAAUUUUAGCACAAAGGUUUCCCCAUUUUCAUGCCACUUUUCACACGGGAUUUUCCAUGCUUUCGACUGGUAUAUGAGCCUUAAGAGGAGUCGAAGAGCGCUAAUUGCAAUUUCUACUUAGUCUAAAGGCAUUGAAAGAUGUGAGUCUCAGUCUGGUAUAUAUGUAUUACUUAAUAUGUAUAACAUUGAAAUACAGUGGCGCAAUAAACUAAUAAUAAACAUAGCAUGAAAUUAAGAGUAUCUACAGUAUCAAUAAAUUUGACUUUCAUACACAAUUUGUAUCUUAAAUAUAUGUUACGACAAUGGCGAGAAAUCAAUGAAAUCAUGCUCCAAAUGAUAUUCUCUCAAUAUUUUCUUAUUUCUUUAUCAUAUGUGCAGAGUUUUCAAGUGUGAAAUUUUUUUUCUUAGUAUUACACUGUCAAUCUCUUAAUAUUUUCUUGUUUUUCUCCCAAUUUAAUGUCAGAAUUUACUAAUUUUUGACAAAUUUACCACUUCACCGAGUAAUUUAAAUCUCAUUGGCUCACAUCUCAACUUAGUGGCAUUUCAAAAAGGCAUGUCUUGAAUUUCGCGAAAAUUAGAAGGGUUAUAUUGGGUGAGAUAAUUUGUAAAACAUGAACAAAAUUGUGGCGCUUAUUGCCAUUGCAAGAGGUCAUGGAGGAAAAGUUCAUGAAAGAAAUUCUUUAACUCGAUUUUCCCCUUCGAAAAUUGGAAAAGCCAGUGUAAGUGCGUUGAAGACGCCUUAGAUAGAUACAUUUUAGCCGAGUGUGAGAGAAGAGAUAAUCAAGUGCCUUUCCCGCUUAAUUUUCUUCAACUUAAUUCGUUAUUAAAACUUUAAUCAGCGACCAAAUUGAAUUGUGUGCAAGGAGCUGAAAAUGUCGCACAUUGGCAAGGAAAGGAGAGAAGAAUUGAAUUACUGGGAAAAUAUACUUUGCAUGCUGUCUUCAAAUCGAUAUUGAGCCAUUUUCUCGGCUACUUUUAUUGGCAUCUCUUUUGAUUAGCUUAUCAUUCUUCCUCGUUUCUGCACCUCAUUACAGCUCGUUGAAGUUAACUGUCGAGAGGAUGAACUUUAACUGCCAUUGCCCAUUAAAGUUUCCUUAGGAUGCUGGCUUUUACGACCACCCAGAUGUGGAUCCAUGAGAUCUUUUAGUUCAUUCUUCAAUUCCCAAAGCGUGGAAAUGCUUACUAAGAAGACAGAGUACAUUAUUUUCUCAAUGAUUUGAGCUUCUCUACUUUUCAUCGACUGAGCAUUGAGUGAAAUGCUUUAAAAAUACAAAUAUAUUCAACCUGAAUUACUUUCUAAAGAGCCUUUUUUACACACUGUUGACCUUUUCUAUGAACACAUCAAAUUAUCAUCAAAUAUCAGAGCCGCUUUGCGUGAUAAUCCCAAAAAUUGUCACUUUCUCUUCUAUAUCUUCUUUUCUAAAGUAGAUUUUCCGGGCUGAAUGAAGUAAUUUCAAUGUGUUAAGCAUGUUUUUUCGGUGUUCAGAAAAGAAAUAGGAAAAGUGAAGAGAUCCCAAGGCGCACUUGUACUCGAAAUUGAGAAAGAAGAACUCUUUUAAUGAAUAAUUCAUGAUUGUUAUAUUGCCGUGAUAAGUCUAUAUCUAUAAAAUAGAUAGUAAUUAAGAUACUGUUUGUGAGGAAAGUGUGAAUGAGGAAAUUUCCGCUGGGAAUGCGGGAAAAUUUCUCCAAGAAAUUGAUUGAAAUUUUGCGUGCGUUUCGCGCCUCCAAAUUGGUCGUCAUCAUUCACACUUUCCUUGGUGUGCGAAAUCGCACGAAGCUAUCAAGAGCGAAAUUGAAUGGAUAUUUUCUGCAAUUUUCACUCCACCCAAAGGAAAUGCCAGGACAUUUGGAGGAAAUACACAGCAAGAGUAUAAUAAUGCGAGUAACAUAUGUAAAUGACGUGAUUUGACAAUAUUGAAUAAAAAUCAAUGUGAAUUGGGAGGAAAAGCGGAUCUCGAAAGACAGCUGAAUUCGUGUGGCUCAGCUUUUCUAUUUAUCGUUGACAUUUUAUAAGCACAAUGGAUUUGAAGGUGAUUCUUGUGAGAAGUGGACGAAAAGCCAGCAAAAGGUCGAAGGUGGAAAUAUAAUAUUGAACUGGAAUGUGGCCCACAAAGGAAAUAUUGGUGCUGGCUAGGAAUUUAAAUCAAUCUCAAUGACUUUCGUUUCUUUUUCACAAUCCCACACUUUUCACAAGACGAAAGAAUUGGCAAUAUCAAUAAAGUGGAGUCAAUUGAUGAGUGUCCCGAUAUUCGUGUUUGGUGCUGUGCAUGUGUGGCAUAUAAGUGACAAUCAACACACCUGUUCAAUUUCUCGCCUUAUCGCAUCCCAUCUCUGGGCUUUCCUAUGACUUCUAUCGAACGUCUGACUCGACAGAAAUGUUUAAAGGAGAUUUGUCGGAGAAUUCUGAUUGCUCUCAUUUCAAUUGCCUUAUAUUCGCUAAACUAAAUUCUACACAAAAAUAUCUUUACUAUGUAUUUGUACGACUAAAUUCUUAUCAAAGUAGAGAAAAUGCAUGAACAAUUGAGCGAUUUGCACAUUUUCCCAUGCACAAUCUUGCCUUUUGCCCUUUGACUUUCAUGAGGGCCCACCAGCAAACUUCGAUUAAGAUUAGAAUAAAAAUCACCCCACGUGAUUAAGUUCUGAUGGCGCUUAUCAUCUAAAAAAAACCCUCUGUUUUUGUUUUCCAAGUGUGCGAAAGCUUUUCUAGAAAGAACUGGAAAGACUGGGUAAGCAAGUUGCAUGGAAAUUUCCUAAUUGAGUCCCCAGAAAAUAUUUUCCACACUUUUAUUGCUUGGGUCCAAACAACAUCUGCAAGUGUGCGCUCGGGAAUCACCUCAAGAGUUCAUGAUGACAUCCUUCGAUUGCUGUCUCUGCCUCACACUUGUCACACACUUUCCCAUGGCAAAUUUGCGCGGUUUAUCGUCACGUCUUGACCCCUCACGCUGUGCGAUAACAGAUCACAAGACAUCGUGUAUUUUGUCUGGUCGAGCCUGUCUCUUGGCCAGUAGCAUUCGAAAGCUCAUCCAGACUACAUCUCGCCUUCAUCAUGGCCAGAUCAGAGAAAUUUACGCUUGUGCUUUUUGUGAUAGUUCUUUUGAAUCUCAUACACACUGGACACUCAAUUCCAGUCCAAAACACCCAUUUGACGGAGAGACAUUCCCACCACAUUGGGAGGAUGUUUUGCAUACCCCACAGCACCUUCCUGGACGACUGUAACUGGUGCAAGUGCAAUGAUCAGGGAAAUCACUUUGUCUGUACAACUGAGAGAUGUGGAAAUAAACACAGAGUAAAAUCCUACGGUUGAAUAAAGCGCCCUUUUCCAAA